AUGGAUGAAGACCUUUUAUUUGAAGAAUUAGAAUCUAGUACAAGUGCUUCAAUAAUUAGUUAUACAAGAUCAACGAUGGAGUCGAAGAUAGUAGUACUACGUUAUAGUCCUGAAAAAUUGUCAGAGAGUUUGAAGUCUUCAAUGUCUUUAGCGAAUGGAACAUCUGAGGUAGACUUUUCUGUGGACAAUUCUACCUUGGAGGAUACAUAUCUUGGUUCGUCUAGAAUAGUCAAAUUACAAUAUAGUAAUAGACAUGGCGAAUCAUUCGAUGGAAGCGAUGGUCUGAUUCCCCUUUCUCCUUCAAAAUCGGUUCAACUGCAUCCUAGUCGUUCGGCUACACCCCCAACCCUGUCCGGGUCUCAAGAAGUUGCAACUAUUAGCAAUUCGCAAGAUUUGAACGGGGCUAGUCAUACAAAGCAUAAGAAAAAGUCCAAAUACCGCUCCGGUCAAUAUACGUCCAUAUAUAGGCCGUUUGAUGAUCUAGAACGAAGUUUGAGGAACGGAAGGUCCAUGAAAUCCAAGGAUAGGCUGAAGUCUCAAUCGCAGCUAAAAAAUGGCCAAUCCGUGAACACUAACCGUAAUUCAUAUAGUGGCAGGGACAACAAAGCAUCACGUAACCCUGCCACCACUAUAAAGACGCAUAAAGACGCCAUAAAUUCGAUGGCCCAGUAUAAGAAAUUGUGCAAGACGUCGGAUAUAAGUCUUCAAGAGCUAGAGGACGAUUGGCUCCUUAGUACGCGCAUAAUAGCCGAAAGACUACAUUUUUUGAAAGAAGCUUACAAGGCCGUCCAGACAACAAAGAAAUACAAGAUGCAAGGGAAAUCUGAUCCCAAUACCCAGCUACAUUUGAAUUCGAGUGUGAUGGAUUCGUCUUUGUACCUGGAGGAGGAACCUCCGUCCUCCAGUCAGAGUCAACCACCGUUGCUAAGAAACGACGACGAUGAUAGUGGCAGUAAUAGUAAUACCGACACCUUCAUAACGAUGUCAGACACCAUGAUGGGAACCAUACGUCGUCCUUAA